AUGGUCCCGUCCUCUCUGGCCGGCCUGCCAGAACACCUCCCAAGACCUCCGCCUCGCCCUCCUACUCCUAUACGGCAUCGCUCUCCCUCCCCUGUGCAUCAAGGCGAGCUAGAAACACCUAUUACUUCGCCUAGCCCACCGCCCAUUGAGACCAGGCCCAACCGCUUCCGUGUCUUUCGUCGCUAUGCCACAGCGCCGAAGCACGAUCCGGAGGAGGGUAUGCCCCUGGAUGCCUUCGCAGACGCGCCCUCACAUGCUCGUCCCGCUGAAAACCCGGAGGAGAGCAAUCCGCUUCGCCCAUUCGGUGCCGAUGCUGCAGGGCAGUCAGCCCAACUUUCGAGCACAUUCGCGCCGUUCCUUAAUGCCUCGGUGUUCCGACUGAUGAAGUGGUUCUAUUCGGGAUCUGUAGUCAAAUCUGCAUCCGAGCUCGACAAACUGGUCAACGAGGUGCUACUUGCAGACGACUUCGACCGCGACGAUCUUCGUGGAUUCAGUGCCGCACGUGAGUUCAACCGCGUUGACGAGUACGCAUCCACCCGUGCUGCCUUCUCUGCGCUUGAUGGCUGGCGUGAAGGAACAGUCAAGAUUCACGUACCGAAAGAAAAAGUCAAGCACGAUUGCGAGCAAGAUGCGCCUGAGCUCGAAGUACGAGGGAUCAUCUACCGCCCACUGCUUGAGGUCGUCAAAGCAGCUGCUCAGUCUGUCAAGGCGCGGAGCUUCCACUGGAUCCCUUUCACGCUACACUGGAACCCCCCUUCCCCAUCACCCAAUUCCUUUCCACCUGCGCCGCCCUCUUCGGAACGUCUCUAUUCCAAUAUCUACGACUCGGACGCCAUGCGUGCAGCCGAUGCAGAGAUCCGAGCUGCGCCUCGUCAACCUGGUGAUGCGGACAACAUCGAGUACAGUAUCAGCCCGCUCAUGAUGUGGUCAGACUCGACCCACCUCACAAACUUUGGCACUGCGUCUCUUUGGCCCAUCUACAUGUUCUUUGGCUGGCUAUCGAAAUACGCACGCGGCAAACCGAGCACCUUUGCCGCACAUCACUUGGCAUACAUCCCCUCACUUCCCAACACUGUACAGGCUUGGUAUCAGACUACAUAUGGCGAGCCUGCGACUGCCGCCGUUCUGCGCUUCUGCAAGCGCGAGCUCAUGCAGAAAAUCUGGCUGCUCUUACUGGACGACGACUUUAUGCACGCGUACAAGCACGGCAUUCUUCUUAAAUCCGACAUCUUCAAGAUGGGCCUCAAGCAGGACAUGACCAAUCGGGAGAAGAGCCCUCGCAAAGACACCGGACCUCUUCGUUCAAUGAUCGCCACGGUCAGGCGAUGGAUAUUCCAAGACGGGAUACCCCCAGAAGGCUCGCGUAUUGACAGCAGCACCAUCAAUGCGACAUCGACAACGUCCACUCGGAGUGCAUUCUCAAUUCGCCUGGCAGAGUUCGGCUUCGAUGUGUACCGGAUGCUCGUGCCCGAUCUCAUGCACGAGUUCGAGCUCGGCGUUUGGAAGUCUACGUUCACGCAUCUGGUGCGCAUUCUGAUCGCCGCAGGUGGCUCCUGCGUGCAGGACCUAGACGAACGCUUUGCUGAGGUUCCAACGUUCGGGCGCGACACUAUUCGCAGGUUUGGCGCCAACGUGUCCGCUCUUAAGAAGCUUGCUGCGCGAGACUUUGAGGACUUCCUUCAGUGCGCCAUACCAGUUUUUGAAGGACUCCUCACCGCACGGCACAACCGCCGCGUCCUGGACAUGCUUUUCGAACUCGCCACCUGGCACGCUCUUGCCAAGCUACGACUACAUUCCGAAACGACGCUCAGUGUAUUCGAGCGAGCAACACGGACGCUCGGGGAUGCCAUGCGCGAGUUUCUUCGAAAGGUCUGCCCGGACUACAUUACAAAGGAGUUGCCCAAGGAAACUGCUUCGCGCCAGCGUCGCAAGGCCGCCCGUGCCGCGAAGGCCUCACCUAGGAAACCACCACCACCUGUCGCAGGGGAGACGCCUACUUCGGCUCCUCGAUCACGCGCCGACGAGGCUGCUGCACCAUCGGUACACGCUCACUCCAAAAGUGCACCAAAACUGACGUCCAAGGGAAAACGAUUCGACCUCAACACAUACAAAUUUCACCGUCUUGGCGACUAUCCCCGCUCCAUUCGAUCUAUGGGGACCACUGACGGCUGGACGACGCAGACGUGCGAACUCGAGCAUCGCCGCGUCAAGCGUUUCUAUGUCAGGACAAAUAAGAAUGCCAACUUCGUCGGUCAGAUUGCGCGGCAUCAGCGGCGCGAAGCAGUCGUCAACAACGUCGCAGAAAAGGCCCCAAAAGUCACCAAGAUAUCUGUACGUCGCCGGCACGGUCGCCGCAUUGCAUCACAACCUCGCCAGCGAGCUUCCGGACAACGCCUCCACGUCCCAGCGACAGCGCGAGAGCCGCUUGCACCUACAUCGCCCAAGGACCACGUACACAUCUCUGAGGACCAACGUAUUGCUGUGAAUAUACUGCAGUUCGUUGACGAGAAUCGCGAGGAUCCAGCAUGCAAGAACUUCAUCUGGAAACUCAAGUCACAUCUGCUCGACCGCCUCACCGGGAAGGAAGUCGUCGAGCCCUCACGCAGCGAGGUGGCGUCGGUCCGCAUUCGCUCGGACCGCAUGUACAUCCACAAGAUCGUGCGCAUCAAUUAUACGACAUACGACAUGCGCCGCGCACAAGACGCCGUGAACCCUCGCACACAUUCGGACAUCAUGAUGCUGGCACCAGACUCAGAAGACUCGGGGCACCCUUACCUCUACGCCCGCGUCUUGGGUAUUUUUCACGUCAACGCGUACAUCGCCCCGGCUUGUUACGGCACCGACUCGCACUGGGCUCAAGACCCCGAACCUCAACUCGUACAAGUCCUCUGGGUCCGGUGGUUCGAGCUCGACAACAGCGCGCCUGGAGGAUUUCUAACUAGACGACCCUACCGUGUUCGUUUCGUUGACGCAAAUGAUGGCGCGUUCGAUUUCAUCUCGCCCGACCGGGUUCUGCGCGGCGUCCAUCUUAUCCCGGCUUUCGCUCACGGCCGGUCCGACGCUACCCUCCGCGGCCCCAGCCUCGUCCGACCGGAGGACGAUGACGACGACGACUGGAACUUUCACUAUGUGGGCAUGUGGUCCGAUCGAGAUCUUUUCAUGCGGUUUCUAGGCGGCGGUGUCGGCCACCAGCAUGCGCGGUGUUCGCGCGUCGAGGAGCUGCCGUCGCUGAUAGAUGCAGACGACGACGUCGAUAUGACUGAGGACGUCGCCACCGCCGCCGCCGCAGAGGCUCCCGCAACUGCCCAAGAGGACGCCCCUCAAGAAUUGGCCGAGAACGUACCCGAGGAGGACGAGGAGGACGACGAUGACGAAGAGUUGGAUUUCGGUUAUGUCUCGGAUUCUUCGGAGGACGAGCAUACGGCGGGGCUUGCAGAAGGCGAUGGCGAAUGGGAGGACGACCCCGAUGAGGGCGACAUCGCUGCGCUCGAGGGUUACGCCGAGUUGUAA